UCUUCACCCUUCUCUUCAGUCGUUCCUGCUCACAGUCGCGAGACUGCGAAACUGAACGAAUCAGCAAAGCAAAAUGGACGAAGAGUUUUCGAUGGAGGAUCCUACUCAGUUACUGGAAGCAGCUUCAGAUUUCACUCAUUAUCCUGGAGUACUUAACGACGCCGCCGCAAGGGACUUUCUGAAUCGCUUCCCUCUUCCGGCAAUAAUUAAUGCAUUACAAACCAAAUUUGAUGUACCUGGACUAGAAAAUACUCUAACUGCUUGUUUGGAGAGGCUGUUCAAAACAAAAUUUGGCGCUUCCUUGAUUCCACAGUAUAUGCCUUUUGUACAAGUUGGUCUGCAGGCAGAUUCUCAAGCAGUCAGAUCCUUAGCUUGUAAAACAGUCACAUGCCUUCUGGAGGAAGCUGACAAUGAUACUGAUGUUGCUGCUCGUCUAAUUACAGAGUACAAUGUAUAUCCUCUCUUGCUUGAUUGCCUUGUGAAUGGCAAUGAGCAAGUGGCAGCUGCUGCAAUGGAUGCAAUAAAGAAGUUAGCUGAUUCUCCUAAGGGCAUGGAAAUCAUCUUUCCAUCUGAAAGGGAAGGUGCUACAGACCUCAGGACUUUAGCACUGCAGUGUUCGUCACUGGGACGGGUUCGUGUGAUGGCUUUAGUGGUGAAGCUUUUUUCUGUAUCUAGAUCUGCUGCAUCAACCAUUUACAAUUUAAAUCUUCUUAAUUUGUUGGAGGCAGAAAUCACAAAUGCAGAUGAUACUCUUGUAACCUUAAGUGUUUUGGAGCUUCUAUAUGAGUUAGCAGAGAUCGAGCAUAGUACUGAGUUCUUCUCAAAGACUAACCUCCUCCAACUUCUUAGUUCUAUAAUUAGCAACAAUUCCAUGGAGGCCAUUUUAAGAUCUAGAUCAGUGAUGAUAAUUGGAAGGCUUCUGUCCAAGGAAAUUACGUACUCCUUCAUAGAUGAAUCAUGUCUUAGAACUGUUAUUUCUUCUAUUGAUGGAAGGCUCAAGUCGUUAGAAAGUUCUGAUAGAGAUGAAUGUGAAACUGCACUUGAAGCAUUGGGUUAUAUCGGAAUGUCUAUCCCUGGGGCUGCAUUACUGCUCUCUGGUUCAUCGCCUGUUGCAAGGCAUGUUAUUCAUGCUGCUUUUGACCGACAAGGACCAAAAGGGCAUGGUAAACAGUUGGCUGCUUUGCAUGCUCUAGGAAACAUCUGUGGAGAAACUCGGUCUGAAAAUAACAUCAUACUCAAUUCUGAGGCAGAAGAAAACUUGCGACGUUUAGUUUAUGAAGUAGCAUCCAGGAGCUUAAAGUUUACACCAUCGGGUCUUUUCCUAUCAGUCCUGCAGCAGGAUUCAGAAAUCCGAUUGGCGGGCUACAGAAUGAUAAGUGGAUUAGUUGCUCGAUCAUGGUGUUUGAUGGAGAUCUGCUCAAAACAAGAGAUAAUACAGAUGGUGACUGACCCAAGUACUGAAACCACAAAAAUAGGCAUGGAAGCUAGAUAUAACUGCUGCAAGGCUAUACACAAAGCACUGAUGCAGUCAAGUAAACUAUCCGUUGAUCCUGCUCUAGCAGCAAUAGAUGCAAAGCUGCAGGAAGCUAUUGGAAUGGGUCCAUAUCUUGGUAAAAGGCAUGCGGAAGCUCAACCUGUUGUGAUGACGGCUGAGAGAUUCUAAUUUAUGCAAAAGGUGUGGUCAUUGCAUGUGUUGCCUUGAGCAAAUAUAUGCAAUGGUAUCGUACUAAAGCCUUAGUGCUAGAAAGUGGGUCCAGUAAUGUUGGAACUGAAGACAAUGUUGGCACCAUGUCAUUAUCAGAUGUUUCAGAGUAAUUAUUUCCCUAUAUACGGGUAAAACGCUAGAUAUGCAUGAAUGGCUUUGAUCUGUGAUAGGGAUUAAAAAAACUAUUUUAUUAGAUGUUUCAGAGUAAUUAUCAUUCUGCACAAGUCCUUAUACCUUUUUUCGCUUGAGGAUUGGAUUUAUCUUUUUUGAAUGGAAGGUGAUUCAUUCAUUCAAAGAGAAUUAUAGAAGAGUCCUUUCAGAAUGCAAGUUUCUUCCAUCCUCCACCUUCAAAUAUCAAAGGGGAGGAUGAUUAAAGAUGCAGCUGUAAUCAGAUGUAACUUGUGCACUUUGCCAAUCUUUUAGCAGGAUUUAUCCUUUUUAA